GUUUUUUAAUUAAUACAGCGGUACCUCCCCAUCGCGUCGCGUUUAAUGUGACGUUCACAGCGAGCGAUGCACGUUAAUUAUUAAUUAAAAAAGAGGUUUUAAUGUCCGCGACGUCGCAAUAUUCGGCCAGAACAUGAUGUUUGUUUCAUAGAAAUAUGGAGACCGACAGUUCUUUGAACAUACUACUAGUUAACUCUUUAAUAGAAGGGUUACGUCAUGUCAAGUGAGUUUAAUGAAGUGAUUUAAUUAAGUCUCCUAGAUGGAGAUAUUCCACUUUAAAAGCGGGGAAAGGAGCAAUAAGCACUUUAACAAUGUCCUGCUUCUCUGUGUCACAGACAGUGAAGCAUUUAAUGACUGAAUCCAGUUUAUGUCCACACAAUUAGCUAGUGACGUCACAGGUGCCAGCUCGUCUAAUAGCUGGCUAGUGCUAGCUAACACUAGCUUCUCUAGUUAGCACUAGCUCGUCUAAUAGCUAGCUAGUGCUAGCUAACACUAGCUUAAGAGCUAGCUUCACAGACGUUGAAUUGGCCAAUUCAACAGGUUAUUAUGUAGUGAGAAGUUCUAUAGUGGUGCAUUUGGUUUGUGACUAACUUCUCACUGAGGUCAGUACGUUUACUUAUAUUUACUUUUCUUUUAAGAAGUACUUAUUAUAGGAGUAACAAAACAGUAAAGAAAUGCCCAUCCAUCAUUCAAAAUAUACAUAAAUGAAUGUGUUAAUCACCGUAAUAAUAAUUUGAAAUAUUAUUAUUUUAAGUUGAUUAUAUUUUGGAUUAUUUACCAACUUAAGUUAUUGGAUUCAAAAAGUAGUCUCAGAUGUUGUACUUCUGUACAAUGUAGCAGAAAAUGGAAAUACUAAAUCAAGUACAAUGCCUCCAAAGUGUACUAAUGGAGUAGUCUCCAUCUGUGGGCAUAACAAGGUCCUUUAGGGGAAUAUUUAAAGACAAAUAGGUGCAUAAAUAUAUUAAAGCUUUUAAAGCAUUGACACUUUGGCUAAAUCAGAUUUAUAUAUUUCUUCUAUGGCAUAAAAAGGCCAAUGAUGAUCCUGAUAACCUGACUUACUGCCCCCCCAGGAUGAGCCUGUAGACGGCGCUCAGGGCCGAGCCGCGUCAUGCCGUGCUCCUGCGCCCAGUGGAGGAGGUGGAUCCGCCCCCUGGUUCUGGUUCUGUACGCUCUGCUGCUGCUCGCCGUGCUGCCGCUCUGCAUCUGGGAGCUGCAGAAGGACAAGGUGGGGACUCACGGCAAAGCCUGGUUCAUCGCCGGCGUGUUCGUCUUCCUCACCAUCCCCAUCUCGCUGUGGGGCAUCCUGCAGCACAUCGUGCACUUCACCCAGCCGGAGCUGCAGCGGCCCAUCAUCAGAAUACUAUGGAUGGUGCCGAUCUACAGUUUGGACAGCUGGCUGGCCCUGCGGUACCCCGGCCUCGCCAUCUACGUGGACACGUGCCGCGAGUGCUACGAGGCCUACGUCAUCUACAACUUCCUGGUGUUCCUGCUGAGCUUCCUCAGCAACCAGUACCCGAGCCUGGUGCUGAUGCUGGAGGUGCAGCAGCAGCAGCCGCACCUGCCGCCGCUGUGCUGCUGCCCGCCGUGGCCAAUGGGAGAGGUGCUGCUGUUCAGGUGCAAGCUGGGAGUCCUCCAGUACACCGUGGUGCGGCCCGUCACCACGGUGAUGGCCCUGAUCUGUCAGCUGUGUGGCGUUUAUGACGAAGCCAACUUCAGCUUCAGAAACGCGUGGUCCUACCUGGUGAUCAUCAACAACAUCUCACAGCUGUUUGCCAUGUACUGCCUGGUGCUGCUGUACCGAGCGCUCAGGGAGGAGCUGACUCCCAUCCGGCCGGUGGGGAAGUUCCUCUGCGUCAAACUGGUGGUGUUCGUCUCCUUCUGGCAGGCGGUCUUCAUUGCGUUCCUGGUGAAGGUCGGCGUGAUCUCCGACAAACACACGUGGGACUGGGACAGCGUGGAGGCCGUGGCCACCGGACUGCAGGACUUCAUCAUCUGCAUAGAGAUGUUCCUGGCUGCCAUCGCUCACCACUACACCUUCAGCUACAAACCAUACGUCCAGGAGGCGGAGGAGGGGUCGUGUUUCGACAGCUUUCUGGCCAUGUGGGAUUUCUCUGACAUCAGAGCCGAUGUCACCGAACAGGUCCGCCAUGCAGGUCGCACCCUGCUGGGUCGUCCCAAUAAGAUGUACUUCGGCACGGCUUCUCAGCCCGAACACACCGAGCACACGGGCCUCCUCACGGCGUCCUCGUCCCAGGACCCCGUCGCCGCGGCGACCACAUCGAUGCCCUCCUCCCCUUCCUCGAGUGGGCGGUACCAAGGCCUCGGCCACACCUCUGCGGCGCACUCCAUCUCCGCCCCAGCGGGGUUCACCUCCUCGUCCUGGGACAACGACAGCGACGGCUCCCCUCCUCGCUACGCCGCCGGGACAUAGCCGAGGGGGGGGGUGUGGGGGGGGGGGGGACGCCACGAGGGAGAAACGCUCCGGUUCAAGUCGUAUUGAAGGAGAGCGGAGAAGAGAAACAGUCUCUGUGAUGUCACAGUAUUUUUAAGUAUAGUUAGUUGGAGUGUUUGGAAUCUGUAUUUGGAUGUCACAUGAUGUCAUUUUGAUAAAUGUAUCUCCAGCUGUGGAAAAGAACACAUAUUUAUUACAUAUUUAGAUUGUUGUUUAACGGGAUCACAUGUAGCUCAUCCACCAUUAUAAGAGCCAAUAGGAGAACAGGCGCUAAAAGGGAAGGUUUUUUUUCCUUUGAAGCGAGUUAGUUCUUGUGUUGACCGGAUCACGAGCCUGAUGUGUCUCCUUUAACACUCGCCCAGUGUCCUCGGCCCGCUUUCACUGUUUGUUCUAUCGUGACGAAAUAAAAACUAAGACGCCUCAAUCAUCGAGGACCUGCUGUCGUUGGGUUCCUUCUCUGACCUCGUGGCCAAAGGAAAGGAAAUAAUGACAACGCGUAGUGGGAUUUAACGAGUAAUGUCGUACAUUAAAUAUCAUGUGAUUCACGCUACAUGUUUACUUGUGUUUCCUAAAAUAGAAAUUCUUCAAUGGAUCCGAUUUUUCAUGUAAUGAAAUUUCCAUAAUGUUUUGUUUCUGUUUGUGUUCCGUAUUCUUUUCUCUGGGGGGGCCAAUCGGACGGGUCCCAGCUGUCAGCCCCCCCCCCCCCUCUUCACUGAGGAUGGGUGGGGUCUCCGUUGAAGCUUCACAAUAAAAGCCCUGACUUCUACAAAAGAAGUCGAGGAUACGAAAAGCG